AUGUGGACUUGGGCUGGCGCGGCGAUCUUGCUAGGAGGACUGCUGCUAUGGCCACCAGUUAAGGUUAGUCCAGAAGUUGCUGUCAUCAAUGCAUGGGUUUUAGUGCUGCUAUGUUGCCGCUGUGUCAGCAGGAUAGCCUUCGCUGGCAAAGGGCAUUUUUUGCAUAUCGCGCCGUCUUCUAUAGAAAAACUGGGACUACUGGACUCGGCAAAUUUGCGGAUGGCAUUGCUCUAUGCCGCCAGCUCGCUGACAGUGUUGGGCACUAUCCAGUUCUUCGUGAUCGCUUCGCGGUUAUUACCUGACCUUUGGCAAUUUCGCGAUGCCCACACAGUUGGCGCGCAGAUCAUCAAUUGGUUUCCAGCCGAUUUGGAGUUGAACAUAACCAACGGUGAGCUGGUCAGCUCCCGCCAACAUCGCUUCAAUAUUGAUUUGCCUUCAUGGAGCUGGUUCGACAUGUGUGAUGGCACAUGGAAGCUGAAAUUGGCUUCUUUGGACUUCGGCUCGCCUGACUUGUAUGCAGUGGGUCGAUUGCUGGCGAUUUUGUAUUUCAAUCUGUCCCCUUCUUUGCAAGUGACUGACGUUAGCGUAGGAGAGGAGGUCGAGGUUCAGGUUGACAGCGACUUGAUCGAUUGCGGGGCGCGACGCUCGCGGUUGCCGCUACCAUUCAGAGGUAAGUGGGUGCGAGCAGUGGUUCGGUCGGUGCAGCCUUCCACGCUCUUGUCUGAGUUCCGGUACAUCGUGAAAGUCCAAGAUGAGUGCAAUUCCUGUGCUGCGGAUUCAAUGAAGGAGCUCCUUCCUUGUGGCCCUGGUUUGUUUCCUAACUGUUCGUGCGCGGUGUUGCCGACAAGCUUGAGACGAGCAACGCCGCGCCUGGUUGUACUGGGUGCCGAGGAGGAUGUGCUUGAAGACGUCUCCGAGUUGCGUGAGCUCCGUGCAGAGUUGAUCUUUGGACGGGAGAGAUUUGCAAAUUUGGAAGGUUUUUCCUUCCAUCAUCGCCAGUUCUGGCGGUACCGGAACAUCAAGGCCAGCGAGAUGUGGCGAAGGUAUUCCUUGAAGGAGCUGAGGGCUCAUGGUCAGCUACAGUGCAUGACAGGUCUUUACUGCAACAACGAUGGCAAGAAGAGCUUUCACUGCUCGCGCGUGGCGGCUACUGCAAAUCUCCAGACAUGGCGCAAAGAGUUUCCCCACUUGGCCGCCGUGGUGCAGUGGAACCUGCAUGUGCCCGUGCUUUGCGUGCUUCUGUGGCUGGCUUGUGUUUCGGCGACUCUUCUCUGCCGUGGCUUCACCUUGCUGGCGCUGUACCUUCCAGCUGGAUAUGUUUCCUAUGCGUUGGUGAGGCACGUGGACACACCUCUUCUGGCCCCGUCAGUUUCACUGUGCAUGGUUCUGUUCACCGCCAUGCCAUUUCUGUACUUCUCGUGCGUUUGCGAGACGUUGCCGGAGCUCUGGGGACAAGGGGAGCAUCUGCAGCCUUGGCUUCAAACCGCGCUUUCCUUCGAAGUGCAGGGUGGUGCUUGCUCGUUCUGGCUUUGGCUUGCGUGGAGCAGCUACGUCGUCGUCCGCCUUCGGCAACGUUGUUGCAGCCAGCGCCAUGGGCAGCGCAUUUAUGCUGCACGGCUCGGAAGGACUGGUGUCAGUGAGGGAACUGGCGACUUGGAUGGCGGCCUGCCCACUUGCCGCAUCUGCUUCGGUGGAUCCGAGAAUGGAAGACUCAUCUCGCCAUGUCUGUGCUCAGGCACAAUGAGAUAUGUGCACCUCGAGUGCUUGAAUAUGUGGAGAGCAUCAAGCGCAAAUCCUCAGUCUGCGUACAAGUGCGACCAGUGCAAUUUUCAAUAUUCUUUCAAACGUGCAUUGUAUGCAAAUAUCCUUAGAUCUGCACUCGUGCUGCACAGCAUAACCCUGUUGCUAUUCGCUGGCGCGGUGUUGCUCUGUGGCUAUGUGUGUUACUGUGUAGACCGGUUGCAGAAUGGCGACGGCACCACCGAGGUUCUUUCUCAAGAUCUGGUCGACCACUUUGUAAAUGUCAGCGGUCUGGAUGACAUUGACAAGGAGGAGUUCCGAAGAUUGGCAGACGGACUGAAUUCCUUCACCUUCGGUGGCAUCAGCCUAGCGCACAUACUGAACGGCAUCAUGAUGGUGGGUCUCAGCGGAUGUGUCUCCAGUAGCAUAUUUUUCUUUGGUCGCCUCAGCAUGACGGACACGACAAUGCUGCCCUUGAUGCUCGUGGUUGUGAUCGUGGGCUUGCUGCGAGUAUUUCAUGCGCUCUACGACUUCAUUAAGCAGUUUUCCGCCAAGGUUCUUGCAUCCGCCGAAUCCAUGAUCCUCGUGCUUUGGCUUUCGAACCGUCCUGUUUAUCCGUCCCUUGGUCCCUGGACCGUGCGUGCAGAGUGUGCUCAGGAAAUCGAGGGCCAUGCUGCGGAUGGCGUGCUGCACAGGACAGACACGAUGACAGCCACCCGAACGAGCUGA